CAUUACUAACCGGGUUCUUACGUGCAUUACCCUGGAGAGAAGCAUAUGACGAGAAUAACCAACAGCGUUCAUCAAACUUGAACUAUUCUCACUGAAAAUCUUGUUUAAAUUCGGAGAAGACAAACGGAGAGGUGACUCAGGCCGUUUGACUCAUUCCUCUCUCAUCACUUAGUGACGCUACUGCUGAAGAUUUACAACAUAUUGAAGGUCAAGACAGAAUGGCUUACUCACUGCCGUUCAAGCUCAAUCGUCCCGACCUUCUCACCACCGAUUCCUACAUCGAAGGCCAAACCAAACCCGCCCUCUCCGGGUCAACCUUCGACGUACUCGAUCCUGGCACCAAUAAGCCAUGGACAAGAGUCACCAACAACUCAGCCGAUGACGUCGACGCAACCGUUCGCGUCGCACACAAAGCAUUCCAAUCAUUCAAGAAAACCUCCCCUCGAGCACGUGCCCAAUGGCUUCUCAAAUGGGACGCCCUCAUCCGCGAGCACAAAGCCGAUUUAGCAACGCUCUUAGUGUAUGAGACGGGAAAACCAUACAUCGAGGCCAUUGGGGAGAUGGAUUAUUCUUUGACUUUCGUCUCAUGGUUUGCCGGCGAGGCAGAGCGCAUUCAAGGGACGUGUUUUGCUCCAUCUGCGCCGGAUAGACGAGUCGUUACUAUCAAGCAGCCACUCGGUGUCGCGGUAGCAUUAGUGCCGUGGAACUUUCCCGUUGCUAUGGUUCUGAGAAAGGCUGCUGCUGCGUUGGCGGCUGGUUGUACGAUGGUGGUUAAGCCAUCGCCUGAAACGCCGGUUACUGCUAUGGCUUUGGCCAAGUUGGCUAGUGAGGCUGGAUUUCCAGAUGGUGUUCUGAAUGUCUUGCCGACUAGUCUGGAAAACACCCCUUCGCUCAGUGAAGCGCUUUGCAAGCAUGAGUUGGUUAAGAAGGUCACUUUCACAGGGUCAACGCGCGUCGGGACCCUGGUUGCGAACCACUGCAGUUUGGGUCUCAAGAAAGUUGUCCUAGAGUUGGGGGGCAAUUGCCCUUGUCUUAUCUUCGACGACGCCGAUAUUGAAGCAGCCUUGCGAGAACUUGUUGGGUUAAAGUGGCGCCAUGCAGGUCAAGCUUGCGUUACAGUCAACCGCUUCCUUGUGCAAUCUGGAGUAUACGACAAAUUCCUCCAGCGCUUCGUCGAAGAGACUGCCAAAUAUGUCGUUGGCCACGGCGCUGCUGAAGGAACUACCCUCGGACCUGUCACAAAGCCUGAGAGUUUGGAUCGAGCUGAGCGUCUCAUUAAGGAUGCCGUCGGGAAAGGUGCUAGAAUCGUGACUGGAGGCAAUCGCGUUUCUCCAAAGGGAGGCGAAGGCGGAUAUUUCUUCGAACCUACCAUUCUCGCCGACAUGUCCCAUGACACACUAAUCUCCUGCGAAGAGUGUUUCGCGCCGAUCGCAGCUUUCUAUAAGUUUGAGACGGAAGAAGAAGCCGUUCAGGCAGCUAAUGAUACACCCAUGGGUCUUGCGAGCUAUGCAUUUACCAAGAACGCAGAUCGUAUCUGGCGAAUGCUUGAGAAUCUCGAGGCUGGAAUGAUCGCGUUAAACACUGGCAACUCCUCUGCGGCUGAGUCACCAUUUGGAGGGAUCAAGAUGUCAGGCUAUGGAAAGGAAGCUGGGAAGGAUGUUGCUAUAAUACCCGUCUCUUGGAGCGAUCAGCCAAACCCCAUCCCCAACCUCCGCACGCGAACAUUCUUCAUAACAGACCAUCCUCUCGACGAGCAAAUCCUCAAGAACGGUCUAGAUAAGCUGAUCAGAAAUCACUGGCGAAAAUUAGGCGCGCGCCUUUCCCCAUCUCACGGCGAUACGCGCUUGGAGUACCAUUUACCGCAUGUUUUCCCUGACAACUAUGAACUCUUCAAAUGGUCAUCCGUGAGCGCCGGGUAUUCGUAUGGCGAGACUUAUGAAUUGUCGAAGAUUCUACAUCCCGGCGAUGGUAUAAACGUUCUCCCAGCUAUAGAGAGGAUAGACGCGCGAGUGAGACCCCAUGAUUGGCCUUUUGAACGGAAGGAUGAGCCGCCUGAUUCGCCGUUGUUAUAUGUCCACUUAACGAGGUUCUCUGACGGGGCAGUUCUUGCCAUGAGUGUACCGCAUGUGUUUGCUGAUCAAGGUGGGUUGGCCAAUAUCGUCAAGGCAUGGCUCGCUGUCAUUGAGGGUAAAACGCCGCCCGAAAUGAUGGGGUAUAAGGAUGAUGUGCUGGGAAGUGAGAAGCUCUCCAACCUUGAGGCUGACCCAGGCGAACGAAUUGGACGGAUGCGUAUACGCAGCAUGAAGGAUCAGGCGUUGGUGACUGGAAGAAUUGCUCUCGACCUGGUCAGAGACAGGAAGGAGGAGUCUCGAACUGUUUUCCUACCGAUGCAAGUGGUAAAGAAUUUGAGAGAGAAGGUGAGAGAGCGUUUGGAUGGUAAGCACAUUUUCGCGAGUGAGAUCAGCAACGGUGAUAUCAUCACCGCCAUCUUUACAAAACUUGUCAGAAUCAAUUCUGAGUCUAAGUACGAAGUUUCGCUUUCCUCAACUAUCAACUUACGAGAUCGCAUUCUCGAGCUUCAAGGCGAAAGAGGUGAAGGGUAUGUUCAUAACGCCGUACACUACGCAACAGCAAAAUUCGCAAUCAAACCCGAAACACAGUUAGACGAAAUUGCUCUGCAGAAUCGCAUAGCCGUGAACGAAGCCUUAAAGGAAUCUGAUAUUAAAGCUGGAGUUAGCACUCUUCGAGAGGUUGCUAAAGCGGGCCAAGUCAUGCUUAUAUGCGAACCUCAUCACAAACUCUACAGCUCUUCGAACUGGAGUGGUUCAUGGCAGGGUAUUGACUUUACAAAGGCUGCGCCUGCGUCAUAUGAUUUGACAAGCCAUAGAAAGGAGAUGGUGGUUCUUGGACAGAGUAAGACGCUCAAAGCGCCGAUGAGAUAUCGUGUUGUGAUUAUGUGUCGAACGAGUGAAGGGUUCUGGUGCGACUUUGCAGCUCCGGUUAAGACUAUGAGGUUGGUCGAGAGGUUUUUUACGUGGGAUCCUUCGUUGGGAAUCCUUUUGGAGGAGAUGGAUGCCGACUUGAAUAUUCGAGGGUACAAAAAGUUUAAACACCCAUGCCUUAUUCUAUAGUACACCGAUAUGAACCAUAAGUUUGCCG